GCGCGCGCUUCUCUCCUGGCGCGGGACUCGGCGCGGGUCAUGGCUGCUGUUUCCGUCGUGUCCACGUUGGCCACCCGGCUGCUCCGGCCCGCGCAGAGCUGCCGUCUCCGUCAUCGCCCCUUCCACCUCUCGGUAGUUCGAAAUGAAGCUGUCGUCAUCUCUGGAAGGAAACUUGCCCAGCAGAUCAAGCAGGAAGUGCGGCAGGAGGUGGAAGAAUGGGUGGCGUCGGGCAACAAGCGGCCGCACCUGAGCGUGGUGCUGGUGGGCGAGAAUCCUGCAAGUCAUUCCUACGUCCUCAACAAGACCCGGGCAGCUGCAGAAGUGGGAAUCAACAGUGAGACAAUUGUGAAACCAGCUUCAGUUUCAGAGGAAGAACUGUUGAAUUUAAUCAAUAAACUAAAUAACGAUGAUGAUGUAGAUGGUCUCCUUGUUCAGCUGCCUCUUCCAGAGCACAUCGACGAGCGGAAAAUCUGCAACGCUGUUUCCCCAGACAAGGAUGUGGAUGGCUUUCACGUAAUUAACGUAGGGCGAAUGUGUCUGGACCAGUACUCCAUGUUACCGGCUACGCCAUGGGGUGUCUGGGAAAUAAUUAAGCGAACUGGCAUUCCAACCCUAGGGAAGAAUGUGGUUGUGGCUGGGAGGUCAAAAAAUGUUGGAAUGCCCAUUGCAAUGCUGCUGCACACAGAUGGGGCACACGAACGCCCUGGAGGUGAUGCCACUGUUACAAUAUCUCAUCGACACACUCCCAAAGAGCAACUGAAGAAACAUACAGUUCUUGCCGACAUCGUGGUUUCCGCUGCAGGCAUUCCAAAUCUGAUCACAGCAGAUAUGAUCAAGGAGGGAGCUGCAGUCAUCGAUGUGGGAAUAAAUAGAGUUCAAGAUCCCAUCACUGCUAAACCCAAGUUAGUUGGAGAUGUGGAUUUUGAAGGAGUCAGAAAGAAAGCUGGUUACAUCACUCCAGUCCCAGGGGGUGUUGGUCCCAUGACUGUGGCAAUGCUGAUGAAGAAUACCAUUAUUGCUGCAAAGAAGGUGCUGAGGCUUGAAGAUCAGGAAGUAUUGAAGCCCAAGGAGCGUGGAGUAGCAACUAGUUAACUGUUGCAUCUUCUGUCACAAACAUCACUCCAAGCCAGUCCAAGAGGCAAAACAGGCCAAUAGAAAUGCAAUAUUUUUUAUUUAUUUUACUGAAAUGGUUUAAAAUGAUGCUUUGUAUUUAUUGAAAGCUGAACUGGGUGGGCGUCUGUGUGUGUGGCUCUGCCGUACCUCACCACGGAGCAAGCUGGCCUCCGGCUAGGUCGUCUGAGCCGGCCAAGAGAAGCACUUCACCUGGUGACAAACGGGGAGGACAUCGCCCCCGUAAGAUCGGGUGCUUAACUUUGUCAGGCCACUUCAGUUAAAAUUUGCCUUUUCUAGGAUUGCAUUUCCCAAGUGCUAUUCCAAUAAGAGUUGAUACUCACUUUAGGUUCUAAACCUUUUGAGUUCAACUAGUCAAACCAAAGGAAAAAUGUUGCUAGAGAAAAUUAGGGAAAAAGUCAAAAGGAAGAAAUGAUAAUUGAGUAGAAAAAACAUUACUGUAAUUUACAUACCUAUAGUAUGUAGAACUACAUGUGAAUGGUGUCCUGAGUUGUCAUUCCGUGGCUUAGUCAUUGGGAAAAUAUUUAGGGUAGUUCCACGUGCUGUCAGUCCUCGUCCUAUGUGUGUUUAUUCAUGAGGCUUUCCCAUGUUCCUCUAAGGUUUAAAGACUUAUUUUAUAGAUUAUUUGUGUGUUGUCGUAUUUGGCUUUUCCUCUAUCCUUAAAAUUCACUGUUACAUCUUUGUACUCUUGGGGGUGUCUGUAUUGGUUUCCUCGGGAUAUCUUGAAACCUAUUUUUGAAAAACAAAACUUGGGCUUGAUAAUCAUUAGGAUUAGGGCAGCCUGUUUAAGUAUGCAACUUACUUUUCCACCAAAGACUUGUUAGCAGCUGCCUGCUUUUUCUCUGAUGUACCUGUUGGCUUUCCCCAAUGGGUUUUUGAGAACUUGAGUUCAUAUUGAAUUUAAUCAGACUUUCUGAUUAAAAGGGGUUUUUGUUUGUUUUGCUUUUUUUUUUUUUUAAAUAAAACACUUCUGACUGGUGUGGAAUGAGUUCUGCAAAAUACUGUAUCUUCCCGCCUCUGCUCUAGUUUUGACCUAAUCAUAGUUAAUCUUUCUGGUUGGAUAUAACAGAUGUCAAUAUUCCUAUAUUUGGUAACCCCUAAUCCUAUGCCUUAAACAAAAUGCUGUGGAGAAACCAGUCUAGUCCUUUCAGUCUGAUGUCCCACCAGGUUGUGCCAAGCUGGGAGCUUAAUCUGCAAGAUUCAUUUAAGUGGUUAGGCUUAUUCCGGGUGUUUUCUAAACCAUGAAGUUGAAUUUACACAUUGUUGGAUUUACAGAGGACUUCUUGACGUGCCUGCUCCCUGCUUUCUAUACAAUUACUUUUUCUUUUUCAAUGUGUGUGUUUGAUUUGAAAGAUUGGAAGGUAUUUGCUGGGCACAGUUUGAGGCUGGGAUAGGUCCCUGUGUAUUCUCUCUUCUCUACCAGGGUUGAGUAUUUUGGGGAGGUGGGAUGAGAAGGCAGGCGGGGAUGUAAUUUGGGUAGACAGGUCCUCCUACUCCAGGCAGCUUGAGGUGGAAAGAAAAGAACAAUGGGGAGCUGACUUCUUCCUUGUUCUUCUGCCAGCUGACUUUACUCUUUUGAUAGUUUCCCGGGUAUGAAAGAGGAUAGUUUGCUGGAGAUGUUUUUGUAAGCGAGAUUUAGCUCAUGUCCAUAUCCCAUGUUUGCUGACUAAAUUAUUAAACAUGGAGCAAGAUGAGCAGACAAGAUUAAGUUUUAUUGAAUUAUAAUUACAAGUGGAAAGAAGUUCUGACCUACAACAUGGAGAAGUAACAAUAUGUCAACCUGUUAAGAGCUGUCAAAAUUAAAAUGUUCAUGUAUAUACAAAAUAUAAAUGACAUAUAAGGUGAAAAUUACAGUGAUCAAUUUACAACAACAACAAAAUUAACAUUGUAGUUUCCAACUUGUUUGAUUAAUCAAGCACAUUUAUUCUUAAUCCAUAACAUUUCUACAGUUCAAUUUGGACAAAGUACUAUUGGAAAUCUACCAUCUUUUAAAACUGAAAUGUUAAGGGUCAAUUGUUAGAUCUUCCAGGAUUGGUGCAGCUGAAGAUAGAGAAUUUAUCCUUAAAUUCAAGUGAUGGUUCUGGGUUAGAGAGCAGCUAAGUCAUUUUGCUGCGAUCAGUACAAGCAGGAGAGGUAUAGGGCUUUCUCUCUUGACAGUAUCCCUUAGAAGGGAGCUCUGAGAUGUAACUUAACACAGUUUUCUAGGGACCAGGCACUGUAUGAAGCUCUGAGGGUUGCAGGCGCAAUUGGCUGUCCUCAUACCCAAAGUGUUAAUCAUCUAGUAUCGUUUGUCUUUAAAAAACAGAAAAGAGUGAAGAAGAAAAGCACCUGCUUUGGUCACCGUGAGUAAAUGUAGUAACUAACCAAAGUGAUUUCCUCAAGACUGAAAUCCGCAGUUGUUUUGGAGAAAGUGAAUGUCAGCUGCACUGUGGCUGUCAGGCACAUAGUGGGUGUUAAAUAAACAAGGUUGGUCUUAAGUGGGGAUUAAAGAUAGCCUGGUAAGUUUUGUGAGGACAAGGUUUGCUUCCUUAUUAAUGACUUAUUAAUCUAUCCAACUUCCAAUCAUUCCUUUAAAGUACUAAUCUUUUUUUUUUUUUAAGAUUUUAUUUAUUUAUUUGACAGACAGAGAUUACAAGUAGGCAGA